UAUUAUCGUUCUGGAAAGAUGGCAGACGUGCAGCCGCCACCCCUCCGCAGCCUGGAUGACUUCCUCUUGAGCUCGGCCCGGUUCGCGGUGCCGGACGUGCGGGAUCUGGACCGCUGGAACAACCGCAUCAUCAACAACCUGCUGUACUACCAGAGUAACUAUUUCCUGAGCGCUGUCAUCCUGCUGCUGCUGGUGGGGUAUUUCCAGCCCUUCCAGAUGUUCAUCGGGGCAACUGUGGUCACCUUGUUGUUCCUCGGUUUCGUCUGGGCUGCUGAGAACCAGGCUCCCAUUCGACGCUUCCGCAGAAACCACCCAGCAGUGGCAGUGUUGGGCAUCCUUCUGGGCAGUUACCUCUUCAUAUCGGUGAUAGGAGGCGUGGCCGUGUUCCUGUUCGGGAUAGCCUUCCCUAUACUGAUGGUUUUUGUCCACGCAUCAGUGAGGCUGCGUAGUCUGAAGAACAAGCUCGAGAACAAACUGGAGAGCAUCGGGCUGAAGAGGACACCCAUGGGCAUCCUGUUAGAGGCUCUGGGUCAGGAGCAGGAGGCCGGAUCGUAGAGAGGAAGAGGAGGUGUGCAGGGAGAGGGGGGGAGUUAAGUGCCAUAUUAGAGAAAUGAAGGAAAAAUGGAGGCAAAAUAGAGAGAGGGGAGAAAACGAAUGAGUCAGGAACAAAAGUGCAGGAGUGAUGUAAAAAAGAAAAGAUUUAACUUGAAGUUAACAGUGAAGGGAGAAAGAGCAGCUCUGUGGUCCAAUAGGACAAUAAGAAAAUACUUCCUAAACCUUUCACACAUGUAUCCCUGAAAUGUUCUUGAAAUUUUCCAAAGUUGCUUAUUUACCAGUCCCUCACAAUAUGAAGUCUUCCCAGUUAGACAAGAAACUAGAUUAAUUGGGAGGUGUAAUAUUAAAAGAACACUGCGAAAACCACAGUGUAAUGUUUACAACAUGAUGGAGGACAAAGCAACAGAGACCUACACUAUGAUGACAGUGUUCUCGUCUUGAUUCUCCUUCUUCAACCUCAGAUGUUUUUGUUUAUCCCGUCACGUCUCUCGACUAGGUUCCCAUCCAUCACAUGAUACAAACGUCACAUUUGCCCUCUCUAGGGCUGACAGGAAAAAUUCAAGGUAAAAAAAUCAGAUGUUUGUUUACAUAUGCAGCACCCCCUGAAAAUGUCAGGAAGUUUUCAGGAGUUUUGAACAUGUGUGAAUUCAGCUAAUCUAAUUAUCAAUGACUUGUUUUGCCAAAUCUUGCACUUUGAAAAAGUGUUUGUGUUUACUUUGACACAAUGCAUUUCUUUCUUUGCACUUCAUACUGUUAAGUGUGCAUAGUUGUGCAUUUAGUUGUUAUCUAUGAAUACACGGUGUAGUUAUAUAUAGAUGCACACAUUCAUAAGGAGCCUUUAUAAUUACAUUGUAAAAAUUUGGCAGGAGAUCAGAUGUGGCCACAGCAGAGCAGCAACUUCCAUGUUCAGCUGAUGGAAUCUCGUGCUUUAAAGAGAGAGAUGUAACAGCUGUUUGUUGUUAAAAAUAUCACCUUCCUCUAACAAAAGGUUUAUCUCUGGAGUGAAUCCAAUCUGUAAUGUUGUCAGACACUUAGAAUAACAAUCUGAGCCUGUCAGUGACAAAACAAGAACUUUUAGUGGAGCUUGAUGGACCAUUUUGUCAUUCCUUUAAAGAGGUUAAACCAUGUCUCUUCGUUUGGCACUUAAAUGUUUCAACAGCAUUGAAAAAACAGACAUUAUCGCACACUGAAUUUUAGAGUAAGGGCCUGUGUCCAUUCACACAGUUUUGUGCAGGCAGGGCCUGUUCUCUACACAAAACUGCUGCAGAUCAGGGUUUGAGCUCACAGUGUGCUAAGGACAAUAAUGCUUUGGUGUUAGCUGCUUUUUGCUCUCAGAUGAAAACAAUUCAAUAAUUCUAUUCUCUGUCAGCAGCCAAUUAAAAUCAAGAAGGGGCGGGACUUCUGAUAACAACAACAUUGGCUGGGGGUUUUGUACGGAGGAGAAGCAAACCACAAUUGUUGUUUUUUCGGUGGGUAAAAUUUCCAGGUGUAGAGCUGCGGAUAAUGACACGACAUGAUUGUUUUACGUUCUCUUUGUGAAAUGUCCUUGACUAAAAGAAAAUGUGACUCAUACACAGCAAUUUAAAAUACACUCAAUGGUCUCUUCUAAAGGAAAGUAGGCGCUGUUGAAAAGCGCUCUGAAAGUGACGUUGUGAGCGCUGCCUGAGCAGCUGUUAGUGGACACAGGCCCUGAUUGGCCUUUAAGUAUGGCAGGUAGAGAUGAAUUAGUAUAUAGGUGAUGUGAUGUUAAAGCAACUUGACUUCAAUUGAAUUCCUUUUUCAUGAAGGGCUUUUCAUCGUGUGUUACAUUGUAAAGUGACUUGAAUAAGAUGAAGUUAGAAGGAAAUAUGAGGUUUUAUAUGAAGACGAAAAUACAUUCCCAUGCUUGUAUUAAUCCAGAAUAAAAAAACUCCACUCGUAGAGCUGCUCAGUCCUCCCCUGCUGGUCAGUGGGAGCCGCACGGUCUACUAAUUAUCGAAAAUGAACAUUGUUCAUCUUUAAUGCUUCUGAUUGCUGACCAUCUUAAACCACUUUCCAAUGAAGUUACUGUCCAAGUUGUCUUUAUGGGUCUGUAGUUUGCAUUCUUCUCAUUGUGGUUCGUUCAUUUCUCUGCACACUUUUGAUGCAACCAGAGGUGUUCUAAAACAAACGAAUGUAGUGGCUGUGGGUUUGAAAUUUGGUUUGGAAAUGUACGGUGCCAAGAGGGGGAUAUACUGAUUCUAGUAAUUCUUUGAGAUCUCCUCCUCACCUCCUCAUCUCUAUUCUUUGAGGACCAAAACAAGAGAUUCAUGAGCUCAGAUUCUAACAUGAAGACGGGAGAAAUCUGUUCUCAAUAUGUGGUAACCUUUUUAUUUACAGCCUAUGGUGGUAACCUACCUCUGCAUUCACUAUCUCCUUUUAUUUUCAGUCCUCUGAGGGUUUCACAAACAUUCUACAUGUUUGACCCAAACUUAAAAGCUCUGCCUGAACUUUACUCCACUAUAACACGCCUCUCUGUCCAGAUCAUCGAUUAAGAUAGAGAUAAUGUCAACUGGGGUUUGUAUGGGCGUAUUCUUAAGCAUUUAUAUUGAGUAUUGAAGACUCUGCAAACAACAGAGUCACCCAGGAACAAAUAGUAAUUGUGUUGAAAUGUUUUUCUAUGUGUAUGUGCCAUUGUAUGCUUUAUUUUUGCCUUGAAAAGAUGUAUUUCAGACAUUUAGCUGAUGUGCUUAAACUUGUUUCAAAAACUAAACAUCAGUCAUGAAAAACACUAACAUGUGAUUAUAGAGAACAUUUUGAUCCACUUCAUCUCUUUUUUACAGGCGGUGACUCUGAAUGUUUAGUGUUGCCUUACAUUCAGCUAAAUGCUUGCAUUUUAUUUCACCAGUUCCACUUAUUUGACUGUUUGUUGGUAAUAAAAUGUAUUUAAACUUUUCUAAAUAAAUGAAUAAAGAAUACUGCCAUUU